GAGAUGGAGGCGAGCGGCGUGUUCGACUCGCUCCUUUCCGGAGCUUGCGUGGUCUUCACCCUCGGCAUGUUCUCCACCGGCCUCUCGGAUCUCAGGCGCAUGCGGAUGACCCGGAGCGUGGACAGCAUCCAGUUCCUGCCCUUUCUCACCACGGAUGUCAACAACCUGGGCUGGCUGAGUUAUGGGGCCUUGAAGGGAGACUGGACCCUCAUCGUCGUCAACGCAGUGGGUGCUGUGCUUCAGACCUUGUACAUCUUGGUGUAUUUGCACUACUGCCCUCGGAAGCGUGCUGUUCUCCUACAGACUGCAACCCUACUGGGGGUCCUUCUCCUGGGUUAUAGCUACUUUUGGCUCCUGGUGCCCGACCUGAGGGCCCGGCUGCAGCAGCUGGGCCUCCUCUGCAGUGUCUUCACCAUCAGCAUGUACCUCUCACCACUGGCUGAUUUGGCCAAGGUCAUUCAGACUAAAUCAACUCAAUGCCUCUCCUUCUCACUCACCAUUGCCACUCUUCUUACUUCUGCCUCCUGGUUCUUCUAUGGGUUUCAACUCAGUGAUCCCUACAUCAUGGUGCCCAACUUUCCAGGAAUCCUCACCAGCUUUAUUCGCCUCUGGCUUUUCUGGAAGUACCCCCAGGAGCAAGACAGGAACUAUCGGCUCCUGCAAACCUGAGGCAGCUCAUCUCACCAAUGGGCGCCUUAAUGCCAACGUGAUACCAAAGAGAGCUCUUUGUUUCAGCUGGUUCUGAUGACCAGCUCCACAGAUGCAAUGGGUUAUGGGAAAAAGAAGCAACUUUGAGAAUAGAAGGACCAAAGAAAGCUUUACAGGGCACUUCAAAAAAUUCGUGGAGAAAUAGAAUUAAAAGAUAAUAUGAAUAUUUCUAUGAACUUUUUGAAGUACCUUUGCACUUAGAAGAUCAGGUGGGAGCUAGGAGAUGAAAUCACUUAUUUUUUAGAGAGAUUACUUUUUUUAAUUUUGGAGGUUGGAGUGAUAUCUUUAGAAUGUGCCUUAAAAUAAACUGUUCCCUACCCCUGCC